UCUUCGCGCUAAAUCUCUUAAACCCUAAACCCUCACACACUCUCUCUCUCACAUUUCCACAACCGCCCAUGGCCUCCGUGGCCCACCGCGGCAACCCACUCCUCCACCACCUCCCUCAUUUCCUCACAUGGCGAUCCCUACGCUUCCGCACCAUCUGCAGCGGCCGCAUGGGCUUCUCGUCCCACUCUCAACCCGAACCCGAACCCGAAACCCGUACUCUCCCCGGAACCAAGCUCCUCGAAACCUUCACAGAACAAUUCGAGAUCGGAUCGCGCCUCAUCACACUCGAAACCGGAAAGAUCGCACGUUUCGCUAACGGCGCCGUCGUUUUGGGCAUGGACGAGACCAGAGUUCUCUCCACCGUCUGCUCCGCCAAGGGUGACGCCGUUAAAGACUUUUUACCCCUUACCGUUGAUUAUCAAGAGAAGCAAUUUGCACAAGGUAUUAUACCAAACACAUUCAUGAGAAGGGAGGGCGCACCGAAAGAGCGUGAGCUCUUGUGUGGUCGUUUGAUUGAUCGGCCAAUUCGUCCUUUGUUCCCUGCAGGAUUUUUCCAUGAGGUUCAGGUGAUGGCGAGUGUUCUUUCUUCUGAUGGAAAGCAAGAUCCAGAUGUAAUGGCAGCUAAUGCUACGUCUGCUGCUCUUAUGUUAUCAGACAUUCCGUGGGCAGGCCCCAUUGGAAUGAUUCGCAUUGGGAGGAUCGAGGGGAAGUUUAUUGUUAACCCAACUAUGGAUGAGCUUAGCUUAAGUGAUCUCAACUUAGUGUAUGCAUGUACAAGGGACAAAACGUUAAUGAUUGAUGUGCAAGCUCGUGAGAUUUCAGAAAAAGAUCUAGAAGCUGGGAUGAGAUUGGCUCAUCCUGAAGCAGUUAAAUAUCUUGAACCUCAAAUCAGACUGGCUGCUAAAGCUGGCAAGCAUAAGAAGGAAUAUAAAUUGUCACUGAUGCCGGAGAGAACAUUGGAGAAAGUCGCUCAAUUGGCAGAAGCUCCCAUAGAAGAAGUUUUCACUGAUCCCAAGUAUGGAAAGUUUGAACGUGGAGAAGCCCUGGAGAAUAUUGCGCAAGAUGUGAGAAAAGCACUUGAAGAAGAGUGUGAUGAAGAAAGCUUGAGACUUUUACCGAAAGCAGUAGACACAGUGAGGAAAAAGGUUGUCCGAAGAAGAAUAAUUGCGGAAGGAUCAAGACUUGAUGGGAGGCGACUGGAUGAAGUUAGGCCCGUGUACUGUGAAUCUGGUAAUUUGCCUAUGUUGCAUGGGUCAUCACUUUUUUCUCGUGGAGACACGCAGGUACUCUGUACCGUAACACUUGGGGCACCUGGCGAUGCACAACGCUUGGAAUCUGUGGUGGGCCCCCCAUCAAAGCGCUUCAUGCUUCACUACAGUUUCCCGCCAUUCUGUAUAAAUGAGGUCGGUAAACAUGGUGGCUUGAACAGGCGUGAAGUUGGUCAUGGAACUUUGGCGGAAAAAGCUCUGCUUGCCGUGUUACCUCCUGAAGAUGACUUUCCAUACACUGUUCGUAUCAAUUCUGAAGUAAUGGCUUCUGAUGGUUCAACAUCUAUGGCUUCUGUCUGUGGAGGCAGUAUGGCUUUGAUGGAUGCUGGCAUUCCACUGCGCAAACAUGUAGCUGGUGUCUCCGUAGGUCUUGUUAGUGAAGUUGAUCAAUCAACUGGCACAAUAAAGGAAUACCGUAUAUUGACUGACAUUCUGGGUCUGGAAGAUCAUUUGGGGGACAUGGACUUCAAAAUUGUUGGCACGCAAGAUGGAAUCACCGCAAUUCAAUUGGAUAUAAAACCUGCUGGAAUUCCUUUAGAUAUUGUUUGUGAAAGCUUGGAGGCAGCACGUAAAGGUCGUAUCCAAAUUCUUGAUCACAUGGAGAGAGAGAUCAGUGCACCUCGCACUCAAGAUGAUAGAAAUUCUCCUCGAUUAGCUACGUUGAAGUACAGCAAUGAUGCACUUCGUCGAUUGCUUGGGCCUCUGGGUGCUCUUAAAAGAAAAAUAGAAGACGAAACAGGUACACGGAUCUCUGUAAGUGAUGGAACACUCACCAUAGUUGCUAAGAAUCAAUCUGCAAUGGACAAAGUACUCGAAAAGGUUGAUUUUGUACUUGGACGUGAAAUUGAAAUUGGUGGGGUCUAUAAAGGGACUGUAGCUUCAAUCAAAGAAUAUGGCGCAUUUGUGGAGUUUAAUGGAGGGCAACAAGGCCUUCUACACAUUUCCGAGUUGUCACAUGAACCGGUGUCACGGAUUUCAGAUGUAGUGUCUGUAGGCCAGCAGCUCUCUUUGAUGUGCAUAGGCCAGGAUGUUCGUGGUAACAUUAAGUUGUCCCUGAAAGCUACAUUACCUCGACCACAAUCUCAGACAAAUAAUUUGGCUGUGGAAUCUGUUCCAUCUAUGAAACAAGCUCCUAGUGUUUGGGCAGCUGCUGGAGAUGUGUGUAGUGGCAAAGAAAAGCAUAGCCAUUUGUCUGAGGAAUUGCCAGUGAGUAAAUAUGAAGUUAAUGCGAUAAAAUCCUCUGCUUCCUCUAGUCCACCAGUUCUAGUCAGAAGUGCUGAAGAGUGCGACGAGGAGGAAAGAUCUAGUGGUUUUGUUCAAAAUUCUAAAACUACUUCUGAACCCAUUGGUGGUUUGAAACCAGAGUGCAAGACGGUUCAAUCUACUCCUAAGACAUCAAAAUCUUUCUUACAAAAGGAACGAGAUAAAGAUGAGAAGGAACACAAUAUUGCAUCCCAAAACCACUCUAGUAAUGAUUUGAGUAACAAGGAAGACCCUGUAACUGCAAAAAGUCUGAAGCUAGGAACAAAGGUUACUGCUAAGGUUUAUCAGAUCCGCACAGGUGGGCUGGUGCUUGAUCUGGGUAGGGGACUUCGAGGAAUGUAUCGGUUUGAGGCCAAUGCUAAGAAGGACUUUGAUGUCAACGAUGAGUUGCGAGUUGAGUGUGUUAGUUUUUCUAGCAAGGGGAUUCCGGUAAUGUCUUUGGUGGAUGAUGAAUAGCAUCGUAUAAGCCAUUCUUUUACACCGUGUCAUGUAGAUGAUGACUUCAAGAUAAUUGCCUUGAAGAACUCUGGUGGCAGUGGCCUGAGUAAAUUCCAAGAAGAAGUGCAGAGGGUUAAGCUUUGAAUGUUUCAUAUAAACCGGUUGGAAGUUUAUGGCAUGAUUGGAGUACAUUUUGGGAAUAACAGUCACGGGAAAUUGACAUUGAUGUCUCGAUUAGUUAGGUGCCCUUGACAUGUUACCAUUUUGUAAAUUAUGGUUUCUAUUUAUGACUGAUGUAUAAUAGCGUUAGCUGGCUGCCUUUAAAGGCUUUUUUGGGUGCGCAAAAAUAAUGGAAGUACCAAAUGCUCAGUUUUAUCUUCCUGAC